AUGAUUCCAGCGAAACGUGCCAAUUUACGACCCCAAAAAACGACUAUAAAAGUACGGGAUAAAAGACCAAGCAAUGUUGCAAGCCUUGGCCGUUUCCUUUUAAAUAUCCCGUGGGAAAAUAUAUUGUCAUCUCUGCGAUAUUCUGAUGACAAACUAACAACAUUUACAGAAAUAAUAAAUUAUGGUUUAAAUACCAUAAUGCCAGAAAGAUCAAUUGAAGUAAGUCCAAAUGAUCGUCCGUGGAUGACUAGCCAUUUGAAACGCCUUAUUUUACAAAGACAAAAAGCAUUUGCCUUAGGUAACAAUUUCAUGUUUAAAUUGCUGCGAAACAAAGUAAAUCGGGAAAGAAAACGUUGUCGCGCAAUCAGUGUUUUCAAAGCUAGCGGUCCUGAUGAACUCCCCAAUUGGGUUCUAAAGAGCUUUUCUGACAUUCUGGCACCUGCAAUUACUGAUAUAUUUAACGCAUCCUUCCGUAAAUGCAAGGUGCCGAAGGGAUGGAAAAUAGCAGAUGUGCCACCUGUUCCUAAAGCCAAAAACAUUACCGAUUUUAACAAGGACUUGAGGCCAAUAUCCUUAACCUCAACAUUGUCAAAAAUUGCAGAAAACCUCAUAAUCGAGUAUGAAUUAAAAUCUAAACUACUAAGAAAGAUGGACCCAAUGCAAUUUGGCUUUAUCCUAGGGUCAAACACGACUCUUGCGCUUAUUUCAAUGAUGCAUACCUGGCUAGAUGCACUUGAUGGGACGGGUUCUACAGUAAGAGUCGCUCUACUUGAUUAUCGCAAAGCCUUCGACCUAGUCGACCACAAUCUACUUGUUGCAAAACUAUCCGAUUAUGAAAUAAAGCCAACGGUUGUAAAUUGGAUAGCUGACUUUCUUCGUGGUCGAACUCAGAGAGUUAAAAUAAACUCUGUGUACUCAAAUUUUUUACAAGUUCCUGCCGGUAUUCCACAGGGAACGAAAAUCGGUCCCUGGCUAUUCCUAGCAAUAAUAAAUUAUCUAUGUAUUACAAAAUCUCCGACUAGCAACCUGUGGAAAUUUGCAGACGAUACUUCGGUUUCCGAAGUUAUUCCAAAAGAUGGUGUUAGUUCCCUGCCAGAUAAAGUAGACGAAGUAAAUAAAUGGUCGAAUGACAACAAAUUUCAACUGAACCCUGGUAAAUGUAAAGAGCUGAGGAUAAACUUUACCACGCAACCAUUUACUGAGGUACCCCUAAAUAUAAACGGGAAGCCAUUUGAAAUUGUAAAAUCCGCAAAAGUUCUGGGCAUGAUAGUUACCAAUGAUUUGAAAUGGAACAAACAUGUAAGCAAUACGGUGGAAAAGGCUUCUAAGAGACUUUAUUUAUUCAACACAAUAUGUACAGUAAUAAACAGGAUAUGUAAACAUAUAUAGGUACAUACAUAUAUUUAUAAAUAUAUAUAUAUUCGUAUAUUUUCACUUUGUAAAUUCAAUAGUAAUUCAGUCGCAAGACUGUAAAUAUUGAUACAAUUAAACGUCAAUCUAUCUAUCUAUCUAUCUAUCUUAUUUGAUAUAGAAAUCAGUUCCCAGAAAUCAUUCAUGCUGCCUAUUCAUAUGUGAUUGAGAAAACUGCUACAUAUCUUCAAGAGCCCCUUGUAGAGACUGGACUUCCACCACACUUUAGCAUGGCGAUUGAUAAGUCAACUCCUCACAGGGACAUUGACCAAGCAAUUAUUCUGAUUAUCCCAUCCAAUGGAAAACGUGUAGCUGUACCUGUCGAUGCUCCGAUUGUUUAUCAUGUGUCUCCAGAUUCUGGAAAUGUGCAAAGUGGGAAUCAUGAUGAAUUGGCUCAACAAGUUGUGACGGUGUUGUCUGAAUAA